ACAAAAGAAAAAGGUUAUAUACUCCCGAGAGUGGAAAAGAAGAGAAAUUGAGAAAAGAUUAGUGAAAGUUUCAGAUUACAAAACUCCUUAGAUAUUUCUUGCCUCUUUCUUUUGACGGCAGAAUCAUUACUUGCGUAAUUACAAACUCGUUCUUUACUUUUUCCGUUUAAGAAAAAAAAAAAAAAAAAAAAAAACACUCUCUGAAACGGCCAUCUAUAACGAACGUCACAACCGCGUAGACUCGCCACACAGUCAAAUCUUUCCGUCUCUUUACCUCGCUCUAUAAAUACCCCCCUACUCUCUCAAUUGCCCCACAGAUACCAAAUCUCCUCUCUAUCACUCAUCCUUUCACAAAAACAAACAAACAAACGACAGAAGCAACAGCAUCCAUUUUCUCUCUAAAAUCUUGAUCUUCUGAUUCUCUCUAUGCCAAGAAAAGGGAUGAGAACUAUUUUCUUUAAGCCAACAACGGCAUCAUCAUCAUCAUCGUCACCAAUGCGAUCACCGCAGCGCCAUACCUUCUCCGAUACAUUAAUGGAUGAGAACAUUGAGAAUGCGUAUUCACUCGUUUCUAAAUGGGACUCUGAUGACUCCUCAAAUUACUGCAACCUCAGUUCACUUUUCACCCAAAACAAUCGCCAAGAAGCUACGCAAUAUCUCAACUCUAUCAGAGAACUGCAAUCCGCUAUGCAGUAUUACAUCACUGAAAAUUCCGCUUCUGAGAAGCUCGUCCGAGCUCAGAAUCUCAUGCAAAUCGCCAUGAAACGGCUCGAGAAGGAGUUCUAUCGAAUCUUGAAGUCCAACCGUGACUAUUUAGACGCCGAAUCAGUGUCUAGUCACUCUUCAAGAGCCAGCAAUGUUUCGGCUGUAUCAGAAGAUUCUGAAAAUGAUGAUUCAGAAGAUGACUCGUCGUCCAGACACGGUGGUGGCUCUAUAUCUGAAGUAGAGCGAGUUUCUUUGAUUGCUAUGGCGGAUUUGAAAGCCAUUGCUGAUUGUAUGAUUGCUUCUGGUUAUGGAAAAGAGUGCGUCAGGAUUUAUAAACUUGUUCGUAAGUCUAUUAUUGAUGAGUCCUUAUACCAUCUCGGAGUUGAAAGUUUGAACUUCUCGCAAGUUCAGAAGAUGGAUUGGGAAGUAGUCGAAAUUAAAAUCAAGACCUGGUUAAACGCUGUUAAAUUCGCAGUUAAAACGCUCUUUUACGGUGAGAGAAUCCUCUGCGACCAUGUUUUCUCUGCUUCUGCUUCAAUUACAGAAUCUUGUUUUGCUGAGAUUACAAGGGAAGGUGCUCUGGCUCUGUUUGCAUUCCCGGAAAACGUAGCAAAGUGCAAGAAAACACCUGAGAAAAUGUUCAAAACUCUAGACCUCUACGAAGCAAUAGCCGACCUCUGGCAGGAGAUUGAGUCGAUUUUCAACUUUGAAUCAACCUCAACCGUCCGAACACAAGCGGUUACUUCCUUAAUCAAGCUCGGCGAAGGAGUCCGUACGAUGUUAUCAGAUUUCGAAGCAGCCAUUUCAAAAGACAAUUCUAAAACGCCUGUACCUGGCGCUGGAGUUCAUCCGCUAACUCGUUAUGUAAUGAAUUACAUUGCGUUUUUAGCCGAUUACAGCGGCGUACUUUCCGAUAUUGUCGCCGACUGGCCAUUAACGUCGCAAUCUCCGUUACCAGAAUCUUACUUUGGAAGCCCUGAACAUGAAGACGGCGCAGCAACGGCGAUAUCAGUCCGUUUAGCUUGGCUUAUACUUGUUUUAUUAUGUAAACUUGACGGAAAAGCUGAGCUCUAUAAAGAUGUGGCACAAUCUUAUUUGUUUCUAGCUAACAAUCUCCAGUACGUUGUUAGUAAAGUCCGCACAUCAAGCUUGAAGUUCUUAAUCGGCGAUGAUUGGAUAAGGAAGCACGAGGCUAAAGUGAGACAGUAUGCACAGAAUUACGAGCGCAUGGGAUGGAGCAAAGUCAUAGCUUCAUUACCGGAGGAUUCAACGGCGGCGAUGACCGUUAAUAGCGUGGCUGAGCGGUUUAAGAGAUUUAAUCUAGCUUUUGAAGAUACGUAUAAGAAACAAAGUAGCUGGGUUGUACCGGACGCGAAAUUGAGAGACGAGAUUAAAGUUUCGGUAGCGAGGAAGAUUGUUCCGGUAUACCGGGAGUUCUACGAGAAGUUUCGGGUUGUAGUAAGAAGUGUUGGAAUUGUCAGAUUUGCCCCUGAUGAUUUGGAAAAUUACUUAUCGGAUUUGUUCUUUGGGAACAACGGUGGCCAAGGAAGUUUUUCGUCAGUUUCUUCUUCUAUGUCGUCGUUUUCUAUUUCGUCUCCUGGUGGGAAGAGUCACUGAAAGCAUAUCUAAUUAUUAAUUUUUUGUAAAGAAACAAAUAUGAAUAAUAAAAGAAAAGAGGAGGCGUGUAAAUUUGGACUGAUGCAUACAUGAUAGAGAUAUAUUGUAAAGAAAUAUUCUUUCGAUUUUUGGAGAUUUAAAGAAGUAUAGUUUUUAAUUUGGGAA